CUGCACAUGUUGCACACGCAAGGAUCAAUGGAGCGCACAUGGUCUGUGUAGUCCUUCGGCAAUGGUCAUUUUGUGAUUGCUAUGGUCUAAGUAUAAUACACAGUUCACUUCGACAACGGAGAGAAAGCCUCAAUAAUGUUUGCUAAAUUCGUCCGGCAGUGCAUUCCAGUUGCUUCAAGAGGAAAGAACACGUACAAUAGAUGGCCCGGAGAGCGCGACGCACUUUGGCGAGCAGGUAACACGCUUGGGCGAACGCUGGUCGCUCCGAGGUUCGACAGUCUUAAAUUGCCGCCAUUUGAGAAAAACUUUUAUGCGGAGAGCGAAGUGACAGCUGCGCGAAGCGAGGAAGACGUCAGUGCCUUCCGUGCAGAACACGAAAUAACUGUGCAGGGCCACGGCCGAGAUCGUGUUCCGAAGCCCAUUCUGACGCUUGAAGAGUGCAACUUUCCACCGGAAUGUCGUCCCCUUUUUGAGCGCAAGAACAUUACGCAGCCGUCGCCCAUACAAGCUCAGGCAUGGCCGAUAGUCAUGAGCGGCAGCGAUUUGGUGGGCAUCGCCCAGACUGGCUCUGGAAAAACGCUGGCGUACGUGCUCCCUGCGGCCAUUCACAUGUCCCACCAGCAGCGUCCGCGAGGAGAAGGACCCAUCAGCGUGGUGCUGGCGCCGACGCGUGAACUCGUCCAGCAAAUCUCACAGGUUGCAUACGAAUGGUGCGAAGGUGCGUUUGGCCUGACAGGUACACCAGUGUACGGAGGUGUCUCCAAGGGUCCACAGAUAGAGCGUCUACGACGGGGCGUGCACAUGUGCGUUGCGACGCCCGGCAGACUUUUGGAUAUCUUGGAGACUGGUGCUGUGAAUCUUCUACGCUGCACCUUUCUUGUCUUGGACGAGGCGGACCGCAUGUUGGAUAUGGGCUUCGAGCCGCAGAUCCGCAAAAUCAUCGAGCAGAUCCGGCCAGAUCGGCAGACUGUCAUGUGGAGUGCCACUUGGCCUGCUGAGGUGCGCUCUCUGGCCCAGGAAUUCCUCAUCCCUGAUCACAUGCAGGUCACGGUGGGCUCGACAGAGCUAUGUGCGAACCACAACAUCAAACAAGUCGUCCACGUGUGUGAUGAGUUUGAGAAAGAAAACAAGCUGCUGGGCAUUCUACAGGACAUCAUGGAGGAAGGGGAACAGCGCACACUGAUCUUUGUUGCCCGCAAGUCAAGUGUGGUGCACCUGCUGCAGAAAUUGCAAAGCAAGGGCUUCAGAGCUGUGGCCACUCAUGGUGACCUGUCACAAAGCAAGCGGGACAUUGCGCUUGAUCGUUUUCGCAGUGGUGCCACUCCUAUCAUGGUGGCUACUGAUGUUGCUGCAAGGGGCCUUGAUGUGAGUGAUGUUAAGUAUGUAAUCAACUAUGACUACCCGGACACAUCGGAAGGUUAUGUGCAUCGUAUUGGCCGCACUGGUCGCAGUGACCGAGAGGGCACGUCCAUCACCUUAUUCACUCCAGACAAUGCUGCACAGGCUAAGCAGCUUAUUGCGGUACUACAGGAAGCUGGUCAAGAUGUGCCAGAAGAACUGCAGCAGUUGGUCAACUUGCAUGUCUCACAACAAGCUAUUGUGCGACGCAUGAAGAAGGGAAAGCAUCAGCAAGGUUCAUGGAAGCGACCUCGGCACUACCGCUAUGAAAAUGAAGUAGCAGAGACACGUGGUUGGGGUUGACAAUCCUUCGUGAACCCUAGCAGCCUCAUGUAGACGAUAUAUU